CGUAAGCCCCUGAAGCCCGGCGAGGAGCCCAAGGAAGAAGCCAAAGGCCUGGGCACUGGAAGUGCAGUUCUGAUACAGAAUGGAACCCACAAGGAGCUCUACGGAAAGGUGGAAGGCAUUGACGCGGACAAUUGCCGAGCGAUGGUAAAGCUGGCGAUCAGAGGAAAAGUGGUGACGGUGUCGCAGUUCGGGUUAAACUUGGUCAGCAGCGCAGAGUACACAAAAUACGCCAAAGAUCUGAGCCGGUUUAGUAAAGCAGAGAAGAAGAGGGAGGAGAAGGACGCCAAAGAGGAGAAACCCAAAGAGGAGAAACCCAAAGAGCGUUCCCCGGAAAAGGAGAAGAGUAGAAGAGAGGAAACCUCGGAGGGGAAAAAGAAGGAAAGUUCCGGCAGCAAAAGACCCCAAACGAGGAGUCCAGACCGAGACAAAGACAAGAAGAAACCCAAGCAGGAGGAGCCCAGCUGGUUACAUCAGGAUCUGAAAGUGCGCUUCAUCAACAAGCACUAUAGUGGAGGGAAAUAUUAUAUUUCUAAGAUGUUGGUGGAGGACGUCGUGAGUCCCACAAGCUGCAUUUGUCGUACGGAAUCCGGACGGAUCUUAGAAGAUAUAAAACAGAAAAAGCUGGAAACGGUCAUACCAAAAGAAGAGGGAGCCCAUGUCAUGGUGGUUCUGGGCAAACAUCGUGGGCAGGUGGGGAGAAUCCUGCACAGGGACUGGCAGAAGAGCCGUGCUCUGGUACAGUUACAGGGGCACCAGGAUGGUGAGGCCACCCUCAGCUAUGAUGUCAUCUGUCACUACACCGGGGAGUACGAGGACUGACACACCCAGGAGGAGUUCAAC